AUGACGUCCCUGUUUGCCCAAAUUCGCGAGAGCAUGCCGGGUCGCAUUAACGAUCUGCUUUCGGAAGGACUCAGAGACAAACAUCUUCCUCUUUCUCACCAGCAGGGCAAAGAAUACAACGUCUUGGUAUCUACUGAUGGUCAACAAUUUAAGUCAUUUGCUACUUGGAAUAAUGAAGUAAGAGUCCAAGACUUCAUCGACAGGCAAUGGCUAGUUCAAGCACCAGUGUUGGACACAAGUGGCAAGCACAUUGUUCUUCAUAUAAAAUGUGCCUUGCCGUUUCUACAUUGCAGUUCAAUAGCUGGAAACGAAAACAGCGUUGUCUACAAAGCCACACUUGCAAUGGGUCAUCAACAAGGCCUCACGGGAGACGUUGCCGAGGUUCACGUCGCUGUCAAGGACUUCAGAAACGAAAAAAGCUUUUUUCAAGAGAAGGAGAAUCUACAAAAGAUCCAGCAGCUUCAUAACCAGCAUAUUAUCGAACUGAUCGCAACGUGCCAGCGCGGACAACAAUAUUAUGUCAUUUUUCCAUGGGCUCAAGGCGGCAAUCUUAUACAGUUCUGGGAGAGUGAGGACAAACGGCGAAAUGAAGAGCUGAUGUUAUGGUCUUUGUGUGAAAUGCACAACCUUGUCGGUGCACUCAAAGCUCUGCACAGAGAGAAUUGUCGUCAUGGCGACCUCAAACCCGAGAACAUUCUUCACUAUAAGAACAAAAAAAGCCGUUUGGUGAUUGCAGACGUCGGCGUGUCCAAGUUCCACAGAGUAGCGACGAGCUUGAGAUACGAGGGUACGGAGACAAGGGCGACUACACCCCCUUAUGAAGCACCCGAAGCCCAGCCCCACAUUACGGACGCAAGGUCACGAGUCUACGACAUGUGGUCGAUUGGAUGCAUAUUCUUGGAGUUUGCUGUCUGGCUCCUGUACGGCGUUGAAGCUGUGGAGAAGUUCCAGGAGUCUAGGGCAUCAACGGACUCAAAGGUUGCGAAUGGCAGUUUCUAUCAGCACAACUCCGAGGGCUCUGCCGAAAUACACCCUAAGGUCUCUGAGGCAAUGAGCAUACUGAAGCUUGAUCCACUUUGCAAAAGUGGCACAGCGAUAGGAGAUCUUAUCAAGGUUAUUGAUAAAGAUCUCCUUCAGGUCGAAGUGUCACUACGAGCAAAAGCUGAAACACUACACAACACACUAGGGCAAAUUGUUCAAGAGGCAAAACAGAACCAUGGGUACUUUCUCAAUAGUUUUGAUUCCUCUCCAGUUAUUCCUCCCUUCUUUAGACGUGCAGGAUCGCGCCAGAAUUCUUGGUCCGCCCAGAAACCGGAAGCGAACUAG